AUGGAGGUAGGCACGGGCAGCAAGAGGAAGCAGUUCGAGGCUGAUGAACGUGAGCAGUACCUUCUUGCGCAGUUGCCAAAGAGUAUGGCGGAGGCUUUGAAGGUAUUCACGAUCAGGACGACCCGUGAAAUGAACACGCUUCGGACGGAGCACUCCCCGAGGCUGUCCAAGUCGGAGAAGGACACGAAGGAGCUCCACGAGCAAGUGCAGCAGAUCCAGAGGGGCAAGUUUACUUCUGGAAGGUCGACUGCUGCCCCGAAAGGUGACUCCCCGCCCUCGGCUAACAGUGGGGGGGAGGGGCGGCGAGCAACUUGGACAUUAAGCUGUGCGAAUUCAAGGAGAGAGACACACAGGGAUGCACCCUUGUGGAAGCCAAGACUUGGCUAUCAGCAAUCGAACCUCGCAUUCCUGAAGGUAUCCGGGGCCACGCUGGUGAGGUCAAGGCGAGGGUGA